UUGUUUGCUGGUAAUUCUACCUCUGUAUAAAAUGCCGUCUGCGUGCAGUUGAUCCAUCAAUACAGCUGACCCAACCAGCUAUAGCGGACGUUAUGUGGAGUCUGACGCCAUCAGUCGUUGUUAUACUUCUGUGUACUUGUAUUUCACAAACCACAGGUGCUUUGCGAACACUACAAUGCUCGGAACAAACGGCACCUGCAGUCGCUUUCUACGCCUAUAUUUCACAAAACUUUAGGGCUCUUUCAGCGAGAAGAACUUUUGUAUUUGAUGCCGUUGAGACCAACAUCGGAAAAGGAUAUAACAGACGCACUGGAAUAUUCACCGCCCCAUCUUCUGGUGUGUUUGCAUUCUCGUGGACCAUACACGCAGCAGGAGUUCAUUUAGCUGGUUCGUCCGGUCAAUAUGGUGAAACGGCAGGUGUAAUAGUUCAGAAUGGAGUAGCGAAGGGGUCUAUAUAUGCAGAUACUGAAAAGAAAUAUGAUGAUGCCGCUUCCACGGGUUUCGUUAUUUUGCAUGUUAAAAGGGGGGACCGGAUACAGAUCGUUGCUCCCCGUACAGGCCAGGGUGCGUUUUACAGUACAUCUUAUAACGGAAGAACUUCAUUUGCGGGAUAUCGCAUAGCAUGAUACUCUUCUGAAACAUUGAUGAUUCAAUAAAAUAUGCAUGAAUGUUUUA